GAAGUAGACAAAACCAGCCGUACAGGACGACGUCCGAGUCGAAGUGCCUUGUCCAGUCGUAACGAUCGAAGAUCAGCGAAAAGUCCUCAAAAGACAGAUGCACCAAAGGAGAAUAAACAUCCAUUUGCUCUGUAUGGGUGGGGAGAAAGACAGACAGAUACUGGAAGCCAGAAAACUCACAAUGUCUGUGCUUCUGCUUCAGCGAACGAAGUAAGUAAAAGCUUCUGUAUCAUUAAAGG